UGCAUGUGUGGAGAGGUGUGAUAAUCACACCGUAUUGUGUGAAACCUGAACUCACUUGACUCCACGCGUAGUUUUUCCGGAGAAAUCGGAGAGAGAGAGAGAGCAGUGUGGUGGAAGAUGUCUGCGGAGGGAAGGGAUGCGUCACUGGAUUAGUGCCUGAGAAUCAGUCCCAGCCUCUUCAUCCUGAGCUGCUGAGACUCCUCCAGAAGGACGCAACACUCUCUGCUCGUUUGCCCUUGUUUUCCUUCCACGAAGCCUUCCACAUGAGCCAGCCAAGCUGUGCCUCCCCACCAGGAUGAAGAAAGAAAAGAAAACACAUCCUUUACUAUUUCUCCUCCUGCUUCACUUCACCUUGGCAAGGCAAUCCGACUAUGCUCCGUAUUUUUAUGAUAAUGGACCCAGCAUAGCAAAUGGGAAUAUGGCCUUGUUCAGCAUCUCUGAGGAUACACCAGUUGGGACACAGAUAUACAUUCUGAAUGGUACUGAUCCAGAGGGAGAUCCGGUGCGAUAUGGUCUGACUUUUGAAAUGGGCUCCAAAGAAUAUUUUAGGGUGGACUCCAAAUCAGGAAACGUGACAUUGAUUCAGGAGCUCGACAGAGAGAAACAACAUGAAAUCUCAGCGCUUGUGAGCAUAACAGAUGGUCGCAAUAAAGUUGUUGAGACGAUUAGAGUGUUUGUCACUGAUGUCAAUGAUGAACCACCGGAAUUUCAAAACCUGCCUUUCAUCAUUGACAUCCCAGAGGAUACUGCUCCAGGAAGUAGCAUCUACAAGGUCCAAGCAGUGGACAGAGAUAUGGGAUCAGGAGGCAGCGUUUCAUAUUAUCUUCAGACCUCACCGUUUGCCAAGUUUACCAUUGAUGGGAACAGCGGAAUCCUAAGAGUCAAACCUGGUGAGACUUUGGACUACGAGACCACGCCCACACACUUUGUGAUGGUGGUUGCAAAGGACGGAGGUGGAAAGUACAAGGGGAAGGACCAGGUUUUGACCUCCACAGCCACCAUGACAAUCAAUGUACUUGACGCCCAAGACAUGCCUCCAUCCUUCAUAGGAACCCCUUACUUUGGCUAUGUCUACGAAGUCUCAGUUCCUGGUUCUGAAAUAUUCACCGUUUAUGCUAAAGAUGGAGAUCAAGGCAAUCCUAACCCAAUACAUUAUUCCAUUAUGAAUGGUAGUGAUGGUGUCUUUGACAUAAAUAGCACGAGUGGAUGCAUCACCCUGACAACUUAUCCAACUCUGCUGAAAAAUGAAUUAUAUGAAAUUAUAGUCAAGGCGUUUGAGGUAGGACCAAACAGUCAGCUGCAGGACUACGAUGUUACCACGGUAACAGUCCGGGUGGUGGACCUCAACAACCAUCCUCCGACCUUUUACGGAGAGAAUGGACCACAGAGCAAGUUUGAGGUCACCAUGUACGAGCAUCCUCCUCCAGGGGAGAUCCUGCGGGGCUUUAAGAUUACCGUCAAUGACUCCGAUCAGGGAGCAAACGCUAAAUUUAAACUGAGACUAGUGGGGCCGAGUCGAGUGCUGCGAGUGGUUCCCCAGACAGUCCUCAAUGAAGCGCAGGUGACCAUUAUUGUGGAAGACACGUCUGGCAUCGAUUAUGAAAAAGGACCAACCCUUUAUUUUAAGCUUCUGGCGGUGGAGAUCGACACUCCUGAGAGGUUCAGUGCAACAGCUGACAUAGUCAUCAACCUGCUGGACACCAACGACAACAUCCCCAAAUUCACAUCUGAGUUUUACAUCGCCAGGGUCCCUGAGAACUCUUUGGGAGGCUCCAGUGUUGUGUCUGUAACAGCAAAUGAUCCAGAUUCAGGGCCCUGGGGUGAAGUCAAGUAUACGAUUUAUGGAUCAGGAUCAGAUUUGUUUGCCAUCCAACCGUCAUCAGGCCUCAUCUCCACGCAGCCCUGGACCAGUCUGGACGCAGAGGUCAGGUCUAAAUACAACUUCUACGUCAAGGCUGAAGAUUCGGAGGGAAAGUACAGCUUGUCUGAAGUCUUUGUCACUGUAUUGGACGUGAACGAUCACUCUCCAGCAUUUGAUGAAAACCUCCUGGAAAAGACUAUGAUAAUUGGGAUACCUGUCAGAGUAGAGGCGGUGGAUGAAGAUGCAGAGUCUCCAAACAAUGUCAUUGAGUACUCCAUAAUGACGGCUGAUCCUGACAACGCGUUUGAUAUCAACGCAGACACUGGAGAUAUCAAGCUGAAGCCGUACAUCAAGUCCAUGGAGAUUGUGCAGAACAUCACCAUGCAGAAGCACUGCAAGUGGUCUCUGGUGGUCCAAGCCAGGGACAGAGGCUCUCCAUCCUUCAGCACAACAGCCGUGGUCAACAUCGAUAUCACAGAGGCGACUCCUCUCAAGGGGCCUAUGGCGGCCUUUUUAUUGAAAAGUAGGGACAAUCCAAUGAAAGCACUAGGGAUGGUCACUGUUAUCAUUAGCUUAUUGGUAGGGGUGACUGUCUUGAUCUCUACGGCUAUGUACAUGCGUAACUCAAAGUCAAACAGGAUCCUGCCAGCACGUCGCAUCAUUAAGAGGCGACCAAGGGACCAGCAGCCCUGGAACGUCAACAUGCCUGUUAUCAGAUUCGUCAACCCCGCCGAUAAGUUCCGUAUUCUCAACCAAGAGGGCAGCCACCAGUGGGGAACCUGCAGCUCCCGGGCGAAGCCUCCUCCUCCCAGUGCUCCUCCGCCCCCGUCUAACACAUGGUCUAAUGAGAGAACUCGGACGGUCCCAACAAUAUCUGGUGUGCUGGCUUCCAAAGGAUCAAAGAAAACUAAAUCUAAUCGCUGCAAAGAGGGAAAUGUCAGCUCUGCUUUGGUGUCGGAGCUUAAAAUGAAGCUUGAGCAGAAAAUCAUUGAGAGCAACCAAGGCUAUUAUUAACUCUGUCAUACAAAUGUCUUGUUUAAGGUUAUUUGACGAGUCUCCUGCUCUUAGGGUUCUUACCUUCAUGUGAUGAUCUGGUAGUAUGGGCCUACCUGUAGAUUAUUCACUAGUAAAUGGUAACAGAGGUGUUACUGGAAUGUAAACAGAUAUGUAUGUCUUAAAAUGAGAUAUUAAACAAGUGGGCAUCCCCUGUUGAAGGGGAAGAGAGGAGACCGGUCGAGUCUGUCUCUGGUGCAGGGGGAGAUAAUUCACCACACUGCCAUCCUGAGGAAUAUUACGUAAUUUAAGGAAGUAUCACUGUAAAUUGCCCAGCGAGAGGAUUACUAAGAUUUACUGUGCAUACAUAAGUUGCAUAACGUUUUGCAUAAUAAGUGUAAUUUAAUGGUUUAAACACAUCUAGGAUUUCAUCCAAUAAAUCAUACUAAAAACAUUUCUUCUUGCUCACUGGAGCGUGCAGCUGAAUGACACGGUCAUGAAGAACGACACUUCUUAUAAAGUGCUGAAAGACCUGAGUGUUAUUUUUUUUUUUUACUGUGUUACAUCAGCAGCUUAAAAGCUACGAGGUUGCGCUUUUGUAUGAUUACAAUGUGCCACUGUAGGGUUUCACAGUUACACAAGUUAAUAGAAAUGCUUUUCUUCAUUUAAAUGUGUAAUUCUAGAAAGAAAUGUUUUUAUAUAAAUAACAUGGGUCCAUUUUAAAUGUCUAUAUAUGCAUAUAUUACAAGAUAUGACCAUUUCCCAGUUGUAUCUUGCAGAAGUAACUAGCAUACGGUACAAAAUUAACUAUCUAACGCCACUUAAGAUUUCAAGCACAUAUCACUAUGUACUGUAUAUAACCAGGACAUUUCCUUUACAAAUAUAGUUAUUGAAAUAUAGAGUCUGUGUAGAAUAUUUAGGUU